AUGCUCAAGUCACUUGUAGCUACCAUCUGGCCCAAGAACAAACCCAGUUUCAAGAUCAGGGUGGUGAUAGCAUUGACGCUAUUGAUUGGAUCGAAAUUAUUGAAUGUGCAAGUGCCUUUUUUCUUCAAGAGCAUCAUUGACGAAAUGAAUGUGGAAUGGUCAGAGCAUUUAGGAACUGUAGGAACAGUAAUUGGAUCUUUGAUUCUUGCUUAUGGUGGAGCCAGAUUUGGCGCUGUACUCUUUGGUGAGUUAAGAAAUGCCGUUUUUGCUUCAGUAGCCCAAAGUGCCAUCAAGAGGGUAGCUUACAAUACGUUUAUUCAUCUCUUGAAUAUAGACCUACAAUUCCAUUUGUCCAGACAGACAGGUGGCUUGACCAGAGCUAUAGAUCGAGGUACUAAAGGUAUCAGUUAUGUAUUGAGUGCUUUAGUUUUCCACAUCGUGCCAAUAACUUUUGAGAUUUCUGUUGUCUGUGGGAUUUUGACUUAUAAUUAUGGAUUAUCAUUUGCUGCUGUGACUUUGGCUACGAUGAUGGCUUACUCUUUCUUCACUAUCAAGACCACUUCGUGGAGAACCGGAUUUAGAAGACAAGCCAACAAUGCCGAUAACCAAGCAGCUUCUGUAGCCUUAGACUCGUUGAUCAACUAUGAGUCUGUCAAAUACUUUAACAACGAACUCUAUCAGGCCAGCAAAUACGACUCAGCUUUAACAAAGUAUCAGAAUGCUUCCAUCAAAGUAGCCACAUCAUUGGCGUUCUUAAACGCUGGCCAGAACUUAAUCUUUACGAGUGCCUUGACGGCCAUGAUGUAUAUGGGAUGCCAAGGUGUAGCCACUGGAGCUCUUAGUGUUGGAGAUUUAGUCUUGAUCAAUCAGUUAGUUUUCCAGUUGAGUGUACCAUUGAACUUUUUGGGUUCAGUGUAUCGUGAAUUGAAACAGUCGUUGCUAGAUAUGGAAAACUUGUUCCAAUUACAGAACUAUGAUAUCAAGAUCAAAGAUGCUCCUAACGCCAAACCAUUGCUUUUAAAUGCUCAGGGAGUUCCUGGUGAAAUCAAGUUUGAAAAUGUCUCAUUUGGAUACCAUCCAGAGAGACCUAUCUUGAAGAAUGCAACGUUUACUAUCCCGGCCGGCCAGAAGGUUGCAAUUGUAGGACCCUCUGGUAGUGGUAAAUCGACGAUUUUGCGUCUUGUAUUCAGAUUCUAUGAUGUUGAUGAAGGCAGAAUCUUGAUAGACGGUCAAGAUAUCAGCAAGAUAACUGUCGAGUCGUUGAGAAAGUCCUUGGGUAUUGUACCCCAGGAGACUCCCUUGUUCAACGAUACAAUCUUGGAGAAUAUCCGGUACGGUAGAUUGGAUGCUACGGACGAGGAAAUCGAAGAGAUGAUUGAAAAGGUUCAAUUGACGAACUUGAUCAAGGAUUUACCAGAUGGUGUCAACACUAUUGUUGGUGAAAGAGGGAUGAUGAUUUCCGGAGGUGAGAAGCAGCGUCUUGCCAUUGCCAGAUUGCUUUUGAAGCGAGCUCCUAUCACUUUCUUUGAUGAAGCUACAUCUGCUUUGGAUACCCAUACCGAGCAGUCGUUGUUGAGGACCAUCCGUACAGUCUUCCGUACAAAAAAGAAUACCAAUGUGUCAAUUGCCCAUAGAUUGAGAACCAUUGCUGAUGCUGACAAGAUUAUAGUGUUGAACAAGGGUUCGGUGCAAGAAGAGGGCACACACUACGGUUUAUUGGCCGACCAGCAUUCGCUUUACGGUCAAUUGUGGAACAUCCAAGAGAACCUCGACCUUGAGAAGCACUUGAAAGAUGAUCCAGAAGAGGUCCAGAAGUUGGACAAGUUGGAGAAAGAGUUGGAGAAGGAGGAGCUCACUAAGCAGACAUAG